AUGCCGCCCUCCACGGAUCGCCGCCGCGGGGGUGGACCCGUGGCCACCGCCUCCCGCAUGUGGCGCCCCCGCUACGCCGCCCCUGCCCCCGGCCCCGACGGCGCCGCCCCGAUCCUGCCCCUCCCUACGCCCGCCCCGGAGGCCCGCCCACGCCACCGCCGCCCGCGCCGCCCCAAUCACGGCAACAGCGGGGAUAAUCGCCGCCCCGACCGGCGUCAGGAGCAGAACGGCGACGCAGGACACCAUCUCCACGGCCCGCCGCCGCCUGCCCCGGCCCCUGCCCGUGAGACUCGGGGCGAUGGGGCGGUGCCGCAGCUGGUGCAGGAGAUCCAGGACAAGCUCGCCCGCGGCGCGGUGGAGUGCAUGAUCUGCUACGACAUGGUGCGGCGGUCGGCGCCCAUCUGGUCCUGCGGCAGCUGCUUCUCCAUAUUCCACCUCCCCUGCAUCCGCAAGUGGGUGCGCUCUCCGGCUUCCGCCGCCGACGCGUCCCCGGCAGCAGCAGACCCCGCCUCCGCUUCCCCCUCCUGGCGCUGCCCGGGGUGCCAGUUCGUCUACGCCACCCCCGCCCGCGACCUCGCCUACACCUGCUUCUGCGGGCGCCGGAGAGAUCCCCCCAGCGACCACUUCCUCACGCCCCACUCCUGCGGCGAACCCUGCUCCAGGCCUCUCGAGAGGGCGGAACCGCCGGGCGCCAAGGGGGAGGACGCUGACGCCACCAGGUGCCCGCAUGUCUGCGUCCUUCAGUGCCACCCGGGCCCGUGCCCGCCCUGCAAAGCAUUCGCUCCGGAUCGGCCCUGCCCCUGCGGAAAGCAGAUCAUCGUGCGGCGGUGUGCGGACCGGAGCACGCCUGUCACCUGCGGCCGCCCUUGCGAACAGAUGCUGACCUGCAGAAGGCAUCGCUGCGACGAGGUUUGCCACACUGGUUCUUGCGGGGAUUGCGCCGUUCUCAUCUCUGCGCGGUGCUUCUGCGGCAAGAAGAACGAGGCAUUGAUAUGUGGAGACAUGGUGGUAAAGGGGAAUCUAUCUGAGGAGGACGGCCUGUUUUCUUGCAGUGAGGUGUGUGGCCGCACGCUUGCCUGUGGCAAUCAUGCCUGCAAGGAUAUGUGCCACCCAGGGUCUUGUGGGGAGUGCGAGCUUAUGCCGGGGAAGGUCAGUACAUGCCAUUGCGGCAAGACAAGGCUGCAGGAGAGGAGGGAAACCUGCUUGGACGCAAUCCCCACCUGCGACAAGAUAUGCGAUAAGAAGCUUCCAUGUGGAGUGCACAGGUGCAAGGUCAACUGCCAUGAUGGAGAAUGCCCACCUUGCUUGGUGCGCGUUGAGCAGAAGUGCCGUUGUGGCUCAUCAGGUCAGAUGGUGGAGUGCUAUAAGGUCUCAAUGGAAGAGUUCCGCUGCAACAAGCCUUGUGGCCGCAAGAAGAACUGUGGGAGGCAUCGGUGCAGUGAGCUCUGUUGUCCACUGUCCAGAAAAUUUGCACAGCUUGAAGGUGGCGACUGGGAUCCCCAUCUCUGCCAGAUAUCAUGUGGCAAGAAGCUCCGAUGUGGGCAGCAUUCGUGCCAGCUACUCUGCCACAGUGGUCAUUGCCCGCCCUGCUUGGAGACUAUAUUCACUGAUCUCACUUGUGCCUGUGGCAGAACUUCUCUCCCACCACCUCUGCCUUGUGGAACACCAACACCAUCUUGUUCGCAUCAGUGCUCAGUUCCCCAGCCUUGCGGACAUCCAGCCUCGCAUUCAUGCCAUUUUGGGGACUGUCCACCUUGUGUGGUGCCAGUAAUGAGAGAAUGCAUCGGGGGACAUGUGAUGCUGAGGAACAUCCCUUGCAGAUCGAAGGAUAUCAGGUGCAACCAACCAUGUGGGAAGAAUCGCCAAUGUGGAGUCCAUGCUUGCAACAGGCCCUGUCAUCCUCCCCCUUGUGAUCAGCCACCUGCAAAUGGAGAUGCUAGCUCAAGCUCUGGUGGCAAAGCUUCUUGUGGACAGGUAUGUGGUGCUGCAAGGAGAGAAUGCAAGCAUACAUGCACUGCCCCAUGCCACCCAUCGUCCCAAUGCCCAGAUUUGAGAUGUGAAUUCGCUGUGACUAUUACCUGUUCUUGCGGACGAAUCACUGCAACUGUUCCCUGCGGUGCUGGUGGAGCCUCCAUGGGUGAUAAUAUGUUUGAAGUCUCCAUCAUCCAGAAGCUGCCAAUGCCUCUCCAGCCAGUGGAAUCAAAUGGGAGAAGGGUGCCUCUUGGGCAGAGGAAGCUUUCUUGUGAUGAGGAGUGUGCAAAGAUGGAGAAGAAGAGGGUCCUUGCUGAAGCAUUUGACAUCACUCCACCCAAUUUGGAUGCAUUGCAUUUUGAUGAGAAUUCAAGUUCAUCGGAUUUGGUUGCUGACUUGUUCCGGCGUGAGCCGAAGUGGGUGCUGGCCAUAGAAGAGAGGUGCAAGUUCCUUGUACUUGGGAAGGUGAGAGGCAGUUCUUCAAGCAAUCUGAAACUGCAUGUCUUUUGUCACAUGUUGAAGGACAAGAGAGAUGCUAUCAGUCUAAUUGCAAACCGAUGGAAGCUUUCUGUUCAGGUGGCUGGUUGGGAGCCUAAGCAUUUUGUUAUCAUCCAUGUCACACCCAAGUCGAAACCGCCUGCUCGCAUCCUGGGGUCCAAACCAGGUGCACCUGUUACAGCUGCCCAUCCUUACUUUGAUCCACUGGUUGACAUGGAUCCGAGGGUGGUUGUCGCAAUGCUGGACCUGCCACGGGAUGCUGAUGUCAACGCUCUAGUCCUAAGGUUUGGUGGGGAAUGUGAAUUGAUCUGGCUGAAUGACAAGAAUGCCAUAGCUGUCUUCAAUGAUCCAACUAGAGCAGCAACAGCGCUGAGGCGGCUGGAUUAUGGGUCUGCUUACCAGGGUGCUGUGAUGUUUAUGCCAAGCAGUGCUCAGGCAUCUUCUUCAGGCAAUGUUUGGAUUGGAGGGCAGAAGGAUGGAGGUCUCGCUGCUAGGAGCAAUCCUUGGAAGAAGCCUGCUUCUGCUGAACCUGACAUGUCCUCUGGAGACAGGACUGGUGUUGCUGGGCAUGCCCCAGCACCAGGAUGGAGAGGCGCCAGCACUACCUCUCUAGUCAUGGGGACUCCAAACCGAUGGAAUGUUCUGGAAUCAGAUGCUGCUGCAAGCUCUGUUCCAGGCAACGAGUGGAGGAGGGCUGCUCCACGCACCGAUGCUUCAUACAGCGCAAUACCAAACGCUGGGAAUGCUGGGCCAUCAGUGACCAAGCUGCAGCCAGAUGUGGACGUGGACGACUGGGAAGAAGCUUAUCUUAAUGCCAAUCUUCUCGCGGUUUCCCUUGCUGCUGGUUUUCAGCAGAGCAACUAUUCAUCUUCUGGUCCACGACUUGAUGCUGGGUCAUAUGUUGUUUCUUUUCCAAAAAUUCUUACAGAAAAAUCUGCAAACUUGCAGGAGAUGGGGUGCUUCAAUUCUAAGCCAAAUGAUGCCGGUGCAAUCAGAAGAAGACCUGGGAACAUAGGUGAGGUUGCUGUGUUUAUACCUGGAUUGCGGGUUCCUGAGAGUUUGGAGCUAUCUCAGCCGCUAGGCGAUGGCCACCCGAGGAGGCUGACCGAACGUUUGGCUGCGUUGAGGAGCCGAAUAGUGGUCAUGGCUGCUCAUGAGGCAUUGUCGGUGACUAGGCCCAGGAAGCGCACCUUUACACAGCAUGGAGGAUCUACAUCAGCUGAUCUUCUGCAGGCUUUGGAAGAUUACUUGCCAGUUCUUGGACUGGUAAAAGAGGGGAGCAACUUGGAAGAUAAGAUACAGUUUUCCUGGAUGGACCAAGAGGAUGAUGCAGAGGAGACGGCAUUGCCCAGUUCUUGGUAUGAGGUGUUGUCAGUUUUGCACAUGAUAGCUAUGCUGCGUUUAUCUCAAGCAAAUUCCCUGCUUCUUCCAAAGACAUCACUUGAGGGUUACCAUGCUAAAGUAUCUGAAGGUCUUCCUGUAGACUUAUCUGAAGGAGUCCUGAAAGCGAUCUGCAUGCAAGCUCUGGGUCAAGCAAUUGAUGUCCAACUUGGGUUGGCAAUUGACAGUCCAAAGGCUACCCUAGCAGUGAAAAGGAGGUUAGCAUGUGAGAUGGUCAAGUGUUGGCAACAGGCACAUGAAAGUAUGGCGGAUUUACCUCUGAUUGAUAGCUGGGGUGAGAAGCACAGGCUCUUUGUGACGUGGAAGUAUAUUGAAGCAAAAGCUGCAGCAUACUAUUAUCAUGGUCUUAUCCUUGACGAAGGCAACACGGAGAAAUCCCACAGGAUGGCCGUGGCAGCAUUGCAAUCUGCAGAAGAGUUUCUCAAGGAGAGCAAAGAUGCGGCGGAAGCCUUCCACGCAGCACCUCCUGUUUCAAGAAGCCCGCCUGCGUGUGGAUCGAUGAAGUAUCUCCACGAGAAGAUCCAGAAGGACUCGUCCUGCAAAGUUCGCAUCAACAAGGACCUCUACAGCAACGACAGCAUCCGCGAGGCAGUGCCGGCGCUGCCGGAUUUCGCUGUGGCUCUGAAGCCCGAGGAAUACCGGCUCCCUGCUGUGACGGUAGGCGCGUCAAAUGGCUAG